AUGCCACUGGUAACCUAUGGUUGUCAUAGCCGCAAUGACAAGAUAGCAUCAAUUCGUUAUAACCUUGAUGAUCCUACUACUCCCACGACCACGGCCACGUUACAGAAAACUAAGGCAGACGAUGUUGAAGUGGAAAUGGAUAACAAGGGAAAACUUGUUGCAAUAUUAAUUUUAUUACUAAUGCUAGUAAUAGAAUGGAGCUUGAGGAAGCAGCAGAGAAGUAUACCAGAACAAAAGAUAAUUUUAUUUAUGCAGUAG